CGACGUUGUUCGUUUCGCUUACUUAGAUACAGUCGUAUUGACUAUCAUUGAUUAAAUAUAGAUGUAAAGUGACGAAAAAUGGGCUAGUUUAUUUAGCGUGAUACUUUGAUUAGAAAUAGGUAGAAGACAACAGAGGGUCGAUAAACGCGGAAGCGAAUUCCAUUUUUCAUCACAAGAUGACUAUAUCAAAAACUCAAUCGAAAAAGAAAAACAGCACUCAAUCAUUGCAACUUUCCGGAUCGCAGAUUAAUCUAUCGCCUCGUCCAACGCCGGUAACUCACAUUACUUGGUCUUCGAGUUACAAAAGUUAUCCUAUUAGAAGAUCAGUGUCAGCUUUUGGAUUCCAGCAGGAAGCAGACGAACGUGACCAUCAUCGAAACAGCAGCAGACCACUUUCAGCUGACAAUAUACGAUACAUAAAUAGACGAAACUUUGCUGACGAUUUUCAUCAGGAGAUCACGAUAUCUUCUCGCAGUCAAAGCAAAGAUGAAGUCAAUUUUGCCGAAACCUGCAUGCUAUCGGAAAAUGUUUACGAAAACAUCUUGAACGGAUACUCGGAGAACAAACAAAUCGCAAGGUACGAAAAAAUGGAAAGCGCCAGCGAUAUGAAACCAGGCUUAUCUCUGAAACCACCUUUACCACCGCCAUCCACAGAAGCCAAAUUCCACGCGAAUAAAAUAGACCCUGAAACAGAAGGCUUCGUCGAAAGCGAAGAAAAUUUAAAAACUGCCACUGAGAAAGAAGCGUUUGACGAAAUAAUCGCUCUGAAAUUUCAAAGAUGGUUCCCGAAUACAAUCAAUCACACCCACAGUCACAGUCACAACUCGAAUCACGCUGAAGGCUCUAGUUCGGAAGCUGAUGAAAUUGACGACGUUGAGUUGCUAUCGUAUAAAGAACGUAAUUACAAAACUCGUGAAUACCGGUACGAAGUGCAUCGAAAAAAUUCAGCUAACAAAUUGCCCAGCAACGGUGCAAGCACUGGUAAAAACUCAGCAAAAAAAAAUCAAUCGAAAAACAAAGCCGCCCACCAGACAUCACCUUCGCCGAUUCAGGUGACCACAAACAAUGAUUCGGCAGACAGCUUGCCCACUGGCAACGUCAAUAGCCACCGAAUUGAGCCAUCUAGGGAUCGAGAUCACCAACAUGACGAUAAUGACAAACAACUCUGCAAAGAGACUGAGUAUGAAAACAUGGUGAAGAAAAAAACAUCUCAUACUGUUGCAACAGUACACUCGAAACCAAAAUUAGUGACACCGCCGCCGAAUACGAGCUCGUUCAAAAAAUCUAAUCUUCAGUCACCUUGCGCCAGUCCAUUGAAAAAACAGAAGAAAAUUUCAUUUUGCAUGGAUACAGCGACUGAGGUGAAAAAUGAAAAACACGACAGUAAUGACAACUUUGUCGAACCGUAUUUCGCUGCCAAAAAUUUGCCAUUGCAUAAUGACGAGGAAUGCAGCCGCCAUCAGGGUACUGCAGACAUGUCGAAAAAUAACAGAGACUCGACAAUAGCAUCACCUCAACAGCCAGCUGGUUCCCAGAUUGAAGAUGUGCUUUCUUGGAUGUGUACUCAUCGCGGAAAUGUUCAAACUGAAGCUGGUGUUGAGCGUAAAAUAAAAACACCGGACAUGGAAACAAAUAAUUCGAUGUACGAAGAAAUGAUUGACAUUUUGAAAGAUAUCGAGAAAGAAGACAUCAGAAAAGAUGAUCCAAAAACCAACGAGAUGGCAGCAGGAGAACGUGCACCAUCAUCAUCAGCCAAGGCCAUAUGGUCGCUGAUUGAAGAAGCUAAAAAAGCAAACGACAUAAUCGAAAAUGCCGGUAUCAAUGAUGAAAUGCCUCAUCGCCAAUCACAUCCGCAAAAUGUAUCUCCUGGUCCGAGCAGAUGGAAUCCAGAGGAAAAAACCUGGAACCGUUUAUCAGAUUUGUUGAGAUUGUCGAGCACCGAGUUGGCGCAAAAAACAAUGUCUUUACAAUUAUUACUGGAUGAUAGGGAAUCUGUACUGCAAAAUUUGAACGUUCGUCUAAGAACCAACGAACAAACGCACCAACAGCAAACACAACAGUUGGAAUAUUCCAUUCAAAAACAACUCAAACUUAUAGAACAGCUCAAAAAUGAGAAAAAAACCACUAGCGAAAAAAUGCAAAAACUCGUCGAAGACUUGGAAAAAAAGCACGCGACUGCUUUAAUAGCUUUGGAUGAAAAACAUAAAGUAGAAUUGAAGAAAAGUUUGGAAAAACAAGCCGCAGCUGAUAAAAUAGAGAGAGAUAAAUGGCUUGAAAUUAAAACUCAAAAAAUCAGGGAUUUAACCAUAAAAGGUUUAGAGCCAGAAUUAAAUCGAAUGGCAACCGCGCAUCAAGAAGAAAUAGCGGAAAUUCGAAAAUUUCAUAAGAGACAAAUCGAUGAUAUGGAAGAAGCUGCAAAUCGUCGAUUGUCCAUACAAAAAGAAAAAUUUGAGGCUGAAAAAGAAAAGGCACUCGCCAUCGAACGUGAAAUAUCGAGGCAAAAAUUGGCAGACGAGAUAGGAGAAUUAGAAAAACGCUAUCAAGAUCAAAGAAAACGAUUACUGGCUGAAGUGCAUGUAGAACGAGAGAACAUGGAACGACAAAAUGAAGCAACACUUGCCAUCAGAGAAAAGGACAAUGAAAGGAAAUGGGAAAAGAAGUCAAUCGAAAUGCACAAAAAAAUCGAAGCGUUGCAAAAUCAGCAUCAGGAAGAAAUGAAAAAAAUGCAGCAACAUUUCGAAAGUGAAAAACAAAUUUGGAUGAAAAAUCAAAUAAUCGAGUUAUCUGACAGAGAAGGUAAAAUUAGACAACAGUGUAAGAAAGAAAGAGAUAAGCACAUAGAGCUCAUCGUUCAGAAAUUAGAAAAUGAAAAUACUGAGCGAGAGGCAGCCAGUGAACAAAAAAUCAAACGGAUGAAAGAAAAAUACGAAGCUGAAAUUCACGAUUUGGAAACCGUUACCGAGAACCUCAAACGAAAAUUGAACGAAUGUAGGAGUGAAAUUCAAAAAAAUGAAGAAGUCGUAUCGCAGUUGAGAGCCCAAUUAAAUCAAUCUCAAACAGAAUACGUCUUUUUGAAAGAGAAAUACGACCGAUUACUUGCCGAACAAGGUGAGAUGCAAACCGCCGCCAAAUCCGAAUUAACCACCAGAUUACAUAUUUUACAAAGCGAGCUAAGUCAAGCCCAACUGACCUACGAGUCACAAAUCAAAAUGUUGAAAAGCGAAAAUGAACGAGAACUUUCGCAAAUGUACAACAAAGUGAAGGAAAUGAUUGAAAAAAAAGACUACCUCAUCAACACUCUAAACAAGCAGAAAGACGCCGCUUUGAAACAAUGCAAUCAACUAGAAGAACUACUACAGUGUAAAAAAAAGGAUCACAUCAUGAUUAGUUGACUAGACAAUUAAUGUUUUUAGUAUAAUUUUCAAAUCUGUUGAGUAAAGUUUGCGGCCCUAUUAGA